CGACAUGUAAGCCGUAGCAUCGCCGGAAGCUGCUUCUUGCCUCCCAGCAGCCGCCGUCUGUAGGUUCUCUGAGCGUCCGAAAACAAAUACCGAAAGGAAAAACACCGAAGACGAGGGAAAGAUGCCGCACAACUUCCAGGCGGGGGACUUGGUGUUCGCCAAGAUGAAGGGAUACCCGCACUGGCCGGCCAGGAUUGAGGAUGUGGCAGAGGGAGCAGUGAAGCCGCCGCCUAACAAAUACCCCAUCUUUUUCUUCGGGACCCACGAGACUGCGUUCUUGGGCCCCAAGGACCUGUUCCCCUAUGAGAAGUAUCGGGAACGCUACGGCAAGCCCAACAAGAGGAAGGGUUUCAAUGAGGGAUUGUGGGAGAUCCAGAACAACCCGCAUGCCUCCUACAGCACCCCUGCACCGGCCAGCUCCUCCGCCAGCGAGGCAGAAGCCCCCGACGGCGGAGCAGGAAGUGAGGAGGGCGAGGACGAGGUGCAUGUGCCGAGGCGGGCCGAGUCGCCGAGUGACGAGGAGUCGGAAUCGGGGAGCGAGGCAGCAGCGGGAGGAGUGAAGAGGAAGGCCCCCAUGGCCAAGCGCCCCCUUGCCAAGCGAGCGCGCGGCUCUUCCAGCGAGAGGGAGCAAGCAAGGGAGGAGGAGAGCGGGUCGCCAUCCGAGCCGGAGCCAUCCCCCAGCUCUGACUCCGACUCCAGGAAGAACAGUGACCAGGACUUCACUCCGGAGAAGAAGCCUGCCCCGCGUGCUGGCCGGAGGGGAGGAGGCCGAAGGAAGAAGCAGACCUCCGAGUCCGACUCGGACUCCAACUCUAAAUCGGAGGUGGAGCGAGGAAGGAGUGAUGACGAGAAACCACGCCCAGCCCUGUCUGGGUCUGAAUCUGAGUCCGGAUCCAAAUCUGAGUCCGACUCCAACUCGGACAAGCCUGUCAAGAAGGGCAAGCGAGGACGCAAACCAGCUGCAGAUAAGCCCCCCCCAAAGCCACGUGGUCGCAAACCAAAGCCAGCGCCAGCCAGAGCCGCCGCCGCCGCCUCCUCCUCCUCCUCCAGCAGCGACAGCGACAGCGAGCCGGACCGGAUUGGCGAGUGGAAGCGGCGGGAUGAGGAGCGGCGCCGGGAGCUGGAGGAGAGGAGGCGCAGGGAGGAGGCCGAGGAGCUGCGGCGGCUGCGCGAGAGGGAGAAAGAGGAGGAGGAGAAGAGGAAGAAGGAGAGAGAGAGGCCGAGCAGCGACAGCAGCUCUGAUGAGGGUGUGGAUGAUGAUCAGCCAAUCAAGAAGAGCAAGAAGCCGCCACCACCUCCAAUCCCCGCCCCUUCUGACUCAGACUCCGACUCCCCCCCACGUCCCGAGGUGAAGAAAGCAGCCAAGCGGCCGGAGGGCAAGAAGAAAGGGAGGCCGAGGAAGGAGGAGGGCAGGGACAGAAAGGAGAAGAGACACCAGCGAUCGGAGGAGAAGCCACGUGGGAGGCCUCCCAAGUUGGACAAGGUCAAGAGGAAGCCGGAGAGGCCCCCUGAGAAAAAAGUGGAGAAAAAGAAAGAGCCGUCUCCUGAGGAGAAGCUGCAGAAGCUCCACACUGACAUCAAGUUUGCACUGAAGGUGGACAAUCCUGAUGUGCAGCGCUGUCUGCAGGCUCUGGAGGAACUUGGCUCAGUGCAGGUCACCAGCCAGAUACUGCAGAAGAAUACAGACGUAGUGGCCACCCUCAAGAAGAUCCGGCGGUACAAAGCGAGCAGUGAGGUGAUGGAGAAGGCCACACAGGUCUACAAUAAGCUCAAGCUGCAGUUCCUUGGUAAGGCAGAGGGGGUGCUCAAACAAAAAUUGGAGACCAAGAGCCAGGAGGAGCCUAGCAAAGACGAGGAGCACAACUCGGAAACCACACCAGUGAACGGUGAAACUGAGCCACAAAAAGCAGACAGUGAAUUAGCAAACAGCCCCAAGUCAAAUGAUCAAGAUGAAAACCCUGAGCCCACAGCUGCUCCCACAAGCAGCUCCAGUCCGGAGAGACCUGCCGUCUUGCAGACAGAUGACAUCAUAGACCGGGAUCGCCCCGUUUCCACUGAGACAGAGCCGUCUGCUGUGCAGAGCUGAGGUCACCUGGAGUGCAGAGCAUCGAGGGAGGAAGAAUAUUUAUAACAAAUGGAAAAAAAACAAAACUGGGCAAAUCUGGGCUCUCAUCUCAGCCAGAUGUACUGCCUGUUUUUAACAGUCCAUUUUUCAUUUAACUCAACUUUUAUACAACUACCCUCCACUUCUCCUCAAUCCCCCUUGUGAGCACAGACGUGCUCCAAACCUCCCCACAGCAAACUGAGAAUGACUGUGUACAGACAGGGAUUGCGUUGAUGGCGCAUUGACCUGGAUCAGAAAUAUUUCAAAGGGGGCAGGUGGGGCUGUUAUGUAAGUGUCUUAAACUUAAAUGUUUCAAUGUGCAGUCACCGUGCUCAGCCAGAGGACGAGGGAUGGCACUGUUGGUUGUCUGCUUGAAAAACGGGUGUGAGAGCUGGAAGUCCUUCUGAGCCAGCAGAACUACUGCAGACUGGUGUACCCUCACCAGAGGAAGGGAUGGUUCUGGUUUCUGGCCCAAAGGAUUAGUUAUGUCUGAGGUGUUAGGCUUGUGUCCAUUGUGGAAACUAAUGAGCACUGGUAACAUUUUAAUUAAGUGGAAAACCAAAUCAAUUAUGAACGGUCGGGAGGGGGGCUGGAGCCGAAAGUUACCUUCUUGUGUCCCAUAGGAAUUUUUUCCCCAAUCUCUUCCAGCUUCACUGACCCUGGUCUUCUCUGGUUUGUCUCACUCAUGAUGGAGCCCCCACUAAAUGCCAUGUUUUAAUUUUGGUACUUGUUUUUGUUUUGUUCUUGUUUUUGUUUUUUUGGAAUGAACAAAACCCCUGUGAGUUUGGAAAAAUAGAUUUUUUUAAUGAAGAAAGCUUUGAUUGAUGUGUGUUCUUUAUGUACUUCUGCAGGCUCGAGCUGAUGUCAAGAAUACAUUUGAACUUGUAAUUCUUGGCCCCUGUAUCUUUGAUUCGUUAAUUCACUAGAACUUCACAAAUGUCACUUGCUGGCAUGAAUGAGUGAUCAAUAAACUCAACUGUUAAGUAUAGUU